AAACGCAUACGAGAGACGUUUCAGUUCCGUCUAGGUACGAGACGAGUGUAGAAGCAAGACGUCGUCUCUCUCGCGCGCAUUCAAACAACAACAGCAAUGCCAAAUCAUUCAAAAUUGUGGCUUUUCUUGUUCAUCGCAGCGGCAUGCCACCGAACGCAGGUGGACGCUCAGGUGUUCUCGAUUGGAUCUUGCCCAAGUGUCAGCGUCGUCUCUAACUUUGAUGUUGAUCGAUACGUGGGUAAAUGGUUCGAGAAUCGAAACUACUUUGCCAUCUUCCAGGCCGGACUGGAUUGCGUGACGGCAGAAUACGCCAAAGACGGGGAUAAAAUCAGCGUGAAAAACGUAGGAACGCGAAAAAUUCUUAGAACUAAAUCGACCGUAAUUGGAUCAGCUCGCCAAUUAGAACCUCCCAAUGGCAAACUUGGAGUGACAUUUCCCAGCAUUCCAUUUGCACCUGUGGAUUCACCUUAUUGGGUUUUGGGCACUGAUUACGACUCGUAUUCCGUGGUAUGGAGCUGCACCAAUCGCGGAUUUUUCAAUUCACAAAUUGCGUGGAUCCUAACACGUGAACAAUUCCCGUCCACCGACACGAUCAACAAUGCAUUGGCCGUCAUGGCAUCAAACGGAAUCGAUCAGAACAAACUGGAGAUAACAAACCAGAAAAAAUGCUGAUUGAGCCAGUCAACAACGAGCCUUAAAAAAAAAUCCCGCAGGGUUCUUGAAAUUGCGCAAUUCUAUAUGCAAAUUUAUUUAAAAAGUCGUCAUGCCAUUUGACUUGAUUAAUUUAAUCGACAGUCUUGAAAAUUAAAAGUGGUCUCUCUUAAAAAAAAAACGUUAAAACGCUUGAAAUAUUGUAUGGUAAUUCCCUCACACGACCUAGAUUAUUAACCACGAACAAAAGGAGAGACGCUUCCUGGAAUUGAAUUAAACUACUUCACUUUUGUGUGCGUGUGUGUAUGCGCAACAUAACAGGUAUACUCGUGUUGCGAGGCGGUUUGAUGCGCUCCUGCUAGUUAACUGUUGGCGCACAGCCAUAAACCCAACGGGGUUAACAAAUGAAAAAAAAAGUAAACAUUUUAGCUUCAACUUUUGUAGGUUCAUUUGUGAUACAAAGAACAAAGUUGGAAACAUCAAACUUUUUUUUUGCUGUGCAAGGGCCUUUUAGGCAUCCCAUUCAAAUCGCUCGCAUGUCUGUGCACUUGGGAGGGCCGGUAGGGUUAUAGUAUAGACGAAGUGUAUUGUUAUUUAACGGAUUCUCUAACGUUACGUCUUCAUUUUUGACGGGGGCAGGUUACGUCGACCUGGAGAUAGAACGAUGGCGCUGCGAUUCGCUUUAAGGCUGUAGAUAUAACAAGGAUUGCGGUUCUGUCUACAUCAAAGAGCCAAAAAUUUGCAAUUUUUUUGCCUUGAAGAAAGAUGCAUUCGAAAUGAUUUCGAAUGAAAUUCAUUCGUUACGGUUUAAAAAGAAGGGCACGUUCCCAAACUAACACAAGGUUCAAUGGUCUAAAUGCCUGCAUCGUCUGCCGACUUUUAGAGUGCACCAUCAAGCCCCAUCCAUCUCCAAUUGCCAUCCGCUUGAUUACGAAAUGAAAUAAGAAUUUUAACAUUGGGCAAUGACGAUAAUUCAAAAAUAACACUCAGAUGUCAAGGGGUCAGUCAAAUGUCGCUGGCCAAGUAGCCCAGUCCUUUCUUAUCCAGCUGGACAAUGUCGUUUUAUUUAUCGAUUGCGGCGAGUUGGUGCGUCACAAGCGGUACACAGUCAAGAGUUUAUUGGGUUCUUGCUAACCUGUCAGUCACUUUAAAAUGUUGAUAACGUAAAAUUCGAUCGAUGAGUUGACCAUCUUUAAAAAUAAAAAUAAAAAUAAAAUAUGUUCAAACUGUGUGGCCAUUUUCAUAUUUGAAUGACGGAGAGUGACAGCCAGUGAAACCGUUACGAUUACCAUAUAAUAAUUGUAAAACAUUUCGUCUCGUUUGCACUCUCUUCAACGACAAUUUACAACGUGACGAAAACUUUCGUUUAUACUGCGCGUCGUAAACAUAAUGAAAACACAAAUCUACGCUUGUUUGGUGCUGCUUCUUAGUCACGCGUUAAGCCUAGUUCACACCAAUGACAUAAUAGCUUAGCUAUUAACUUUUUUUUAAACACGUUUUAAGCUUCAAGGAUGCGUCUUAGUAUGAAACGCCCAAUGUUUUCGUUUCCUCUUUUUUCUUCUCAAUUCUUAAAAGAAAAAAAAAAUAAAAAUAAAAAUCUUGAAACGCGUUUUGAAAUCCUAGUUUGCCAUUACGACGCAAGGUGUCGCUGAGACUCAAAUUGAAUUCCCCUGGGGAAUCUAACAAAUUGUUUUGAUGCUCAUCAUGGAUAACAAUGAAAUGUUUAGAGGCAAACCUCGAGUGUAAAAUUACUUCCUCAUCCAAACUCCUGGAAUGCAAAUUUGUACAACAGCGCGCACUGAAUUACCAUUCAGUUGAGAUUAGUAUCAAUCAAUGGGACUCAAAUUGAUGGUAACCAAGUCGAAUUGCUAAUUUCAUAGCAACAAGCAACGAUCUCCUCACCGUAGGAAAAGAAAUCGGCCAAGAAGAGACGCAAAGUUCCACAUUGUUUUGGCCUAGUUUAAACAUUUGCAAACACCAUAGCUGCCCAUUGUGCCAAGCCAUGGCAUACGAGCCGGCAACGCAAACUGGAACCCCUAACGGUUCUUUCGUCUCGUUCGUUUUUGUUUUGUUUUUUCUUCUUCUUGACAUCUUUGAUGUAGUGGGAUGUUAAAAUGCUUGAACAAGCUAGAGGGAGUCAGUAGCACGGGAAAGGUAACGAAGCUCACGUCUCUCUGCGCGCAUGUUCUAAAAAUGUUGUUAAAGUUUACGAAAUGCCUCGUUGUUCUAUUAGCUGCGCUUGUACAGAUCCAAAACACGAACGCUCAAGUGCUUGGCCCGGGUUCUUGCCGAAAUGCUAUCGCCGUUUCCGGCUUUGAAAUCGAUCAGAAAAAACAUUUUCAUAUCAAAAGUAUUUGGGUAAAUGGUACAACAACCGAAAUUACUUUUCCAUCUUGCAAACGGGUCAAGAUUGCGUAACUGUCGAGUACG